AUGUCUUUGACAAUGGAUGAUGAUGGUGUAGAAGCACCAAGAGGAAGAAGCAGAAGAAGAAACAGCUUAUUAAGUAAACAACUCGCUGUAGCUGUAAAAAGUGUUCAGUGGAGCUACGCAAUCUUCUGGUCCUCUUCACCAACUCAAUCUGGGGUUUUGGAGUGGGGAGAAGGAUGUUACAAUGGAGAAAUGAAGAAGAGGAAGAAGAGAUACGAAGUUCAUUAUAAACAUGUGUUGCAGAGAAGCAACCAACUUAGGAAACUUUAUCUGUGUAUGCGUGAAGGAGACAGUACUAAUACUAUUAGUACUACUCAUGAUGAUGGUUAUCACAACUGUAACAGUACAACAAGUAUGCUGCUGUCACCAGAUGACCUCUCAGAUGAAGAGUGGUACUAUGUAGUCUCCAUGUCCUAUGUCUUCUCUCCUUCUCAAUGUUUGCCAGGAAGAGCUUUGGCCACGGGUGAGACCAUAUGGCUUUGCAACGCUCAGUACGCGGAUAGCAAACUCUUCUCUCGUUCUUUGUUAGCAAGAAGCGCAUCAAUUCAGACUGUUGUGUGUUUCCCUUACUUGGGCGGUGUGAUUGAGCUUGGCGUCACCGAAUUGAUUUCAGAGGAUCCUAGCCUGCUUCAACACAUCAAAUCUUGCUUGUUGGAGACAUCGAAGCCCGAUUGCCCUUCUAACAACUUCUCUGCUCACCAAUACAAUGCUGAUGAUGAUAAGAAGAAUCAAAUGAAAAUUAAGAUAAGUGAAGUAAACUCGGCACUCCAAGAAAACCCACAGAUUCAGUUUGGUAUUUCUGAUCUCAUGUUGGAUGAAGACUUGCAUUACAAGAGAACUGUCUCAACACUACUCAAAUACGCUGCUGAUAAAUCAAAAAUGAAGAACAGUCAUCAUCGUCAACCCGAACUUGUUUCUUCUAAUUCUGGCUCAAGUUUCUUGCGGUGGAAGCAACCAAGCUCAAAUCUUCUUCUGAAACAUAGCAAUUCACAGAACGUGCUGCGGAAGAUAUUGCAUGACGUACCUUUGAUGCACUCCGUAGACACAAAGACACUGUCCACAAAUAAGAUGUUUGGUCUGAAUCAAGAUGAUCCUUCGGUUAAAAGAAAAGAGAACGAAAAGUUCAGUGUCCUUAGAGCUAUGGUUCCCACUGUCAACGAGGUUGAUAAAGAAGAGAUACUGAACAACACAAUCAAGUACUUGCAAGAACUAGAGGAAAGAGUAGAAGAGCUAGAAUCUUGUAUGGGAUCUGUUAACUUCGUAGGGAAACAAAGAAAGACGAAAAAGAGCCUUAACGACUCUGUGUUAAUCGAGGAGACAUCAGGGAACUACGACGACAGCACGAAGAUCGAUGGAAACUCAGGAGAAACCGAACAAGCUGUCACUGUAUUGAGAGAUGAGACACAUUUUAGAGUUAAACUGAAAGAAACAGAAGUUGUGAUGGAAGUAAGAUGUUCUUACAGAGACUACAUUGUUGCGGACAUCAUGGAGACUCUGAGCAAACUUCACAUGGAUGCUUUCUCUGUCAGAUCUCAUACACUUAAUGGGUUCCUCACACUUAAUCUCAAGGCAAAGUUGCGUGAGGCUGCAGUUGCCUCAGUAGGGAUGAUUAAGCGAGAGCUGAGGAGAGUAAUUGGUGAGACUAUGAGAAUCACCUAAUUAAGGGUUUCUUUAAUGAUUUUUGCAAAAUAUUAGUAUUUCUUAAACUUUUGAUGAAAUGUUUUAUUUUUGGACUCUGGUGAGUUAAUCUUUAUGUCAUUAAAUUUACAUCGAAUUUUCUUUUAUGUAAUCUUUGCCGAGACUGGCU